AUGGGAGUUGGAGGCGGACGAGCGGCCUGUGCUUCACGACGUUUUUUCGAGUACAUGUACAACUUGAAGGCGAUUAUCAGCAGCAGCAGUACCACCGCACACGAGAUGAUCCAAAUCAACGACGUCAUGCUUGUUAUUGACGUUGCAAAUACGAAUGUGACCUGGAGGGCGGACCAAGACGCCUUUUCAAGAGCUACCGAAGAGAACUAG